AUGGCCUUCUCCUUCGCUCCUUUGCCUUUAUCUCACCCUGAAGAGAUACACCAUGACCUUUCUCCGUUUAUACUUAUCCAUAAAACUGGUCGUAUUGAACGACUAGUCGGAGAAGAGACCACCCCUCCCUCAACCGAUCACACCACCGGAGUUCGCUCAAAAGAUGUCCAAAUCUCACCGGAAACAGGCCUCUCCGCCAGGAUCUACUUGCCAGGAGCUAUUACCUCCAAGAACAUAAACUCCCUGUCCUUAUUUACUUCCACGGUGGUGGUUUCGUUGUUGGAACAGCCUUCAGCGCCAUCUCAAUACGAUGAUUCUUGGGAAGCCAUCAAAUGGGCUGCUUUUCAUGCAACAACAAAUGGCACGGAGCCAUGGCUUAAUGACUAUGCUGAUUUUGAACGUCUGUUCUUUGGUGGGGAAAGUGCUGGUGCAAACAUAGCUCACCAAAUGGGGAUGAGGAUUGGGUUAGGAAAAGAUUUGGAUGCUUUUGGUGAUCGAGUGAAGCUUUCUGGGAUUAUCUUGAUUGAUCCGUACUUCUGGGGAGAAACACUAAUUGGUGGUGAGGUGAAGGCUGAUGUUAAGGAAAGAAAUAUCAUAGAAAAACUAUGGCGGGUAAUGAACCCAUCAUUUAGCAGUUUGGAUGACCCGUUAAUAAACCCGUCAAAAGACCCGACUCUAUGGAUGUUAGGGUGUAAAAAGGUACUUGUUUCUGUGGCUGAGAAAGAUUUGUUGAGGGAUAGAGGACGCUACUAUUAUGAAGUUCUGGGGAAAAGUGGAUGGAAUGGGCGAGUAGAUAUAAUUAAAGCCAAAGGAGAGGGACAUGCUUUCCAUUUGUUUACACCUUUUCGUGAAAACGCAACGACUUUGUUCAAGAGUAUGUUUUCUUUCAUCAAUGGGGACGAGUAA